AUGGAUAACCUUCUAAAGUGCGAAGCAAACUACACAGCACUCACCCCUUUAAUGUUUCUGUCAAGAGCUGCUGCAUGCUUUGCAAACAGAGCCUCAGUGAUCCAUGAAGGGACCCGUUUCACUUGGGCACAGACUUAUGAGCGAUGCCGUCGCCUUGCUUCCUCUCUCCGAGCCCUCAACAUUUCUAGGACUGAUGUUGUAUCAGUGCUGGCCCCUAACAUUCCAGCGAUGUAUGAGAUGCAUUUUGCAGUGCCUAUGGCAGGUGCUGUGCUCAACACCAUAAACACCCGUCUUGAUGCCAAGAACAUAGCCACCAUUCUUCGUCACUCUGAGGCCAAAAUCUUCUUUGUGGACUACGAGUUUGUGUCCAAGGCACGAGACGCCCUUAGAAUGCUCAUGGACGACAACAACAUCAACAGGCAGCAAAAGGGUGAUAGUACUGCAAAACCAACAAAUCAACACAACAACACAUUUUCUCUCCCCCUGGUCAUCGUCAUAGAUGACAUAAACUCCCCCACUGGGAUCCGUCUGGGUGAGCUAGAAUAUGAGCAGAUGGUUCAUCAUGGUAAUCCAAAUUAUGUUCCUGAGAUGAUCCAAGACGAGUGGACUCCAAUUGCGUUAAACUACACAUCAGGAACAACUUCAGAGCCAAAGGGUGUGGUUUAUAGCCACAGAGGAGCAUAUCUAAGCACCCUGAGCUUGAUAUUGGGGUGGGAAAUGGGUAGUGAACCUGUUUACCUUUGGACACUACCUAUGUUCCAUUGCAACGGGUGGACUUUCACGUGGGGCGUGGCAGCACGUGGCGGAACGAGCGUGUGUCUUCGCACCACAGCAGCACGUGACAUCUAUAGGAACAUUGUACUUCACAACGUAACACACAUGUGCUGCGCACCAAUUGUGUUCAACAUAAUCAUAGAAGCAAAACCUAGUGAGAGGUGUGAGAUAAGACUGAAAGGGAAACCUCCGGUUGAGAUUCUUACUGGGGGCGCACCACCACCAGCAUCAUUGCUUGAACAAAUUGAGUCACUUGGGUUUCAUGUCACGCAUGCAUACGGGCUAACAGAGGCCACGGGACCAGCACUUGUGUGUGAGUGGCAGAAAAAGUGGAACAUGUUGUCCCAGCAGGAGCAGGCCCAGCUGAAGGCCAGGCAAGGCGUGAGUGUGCUGACAAUGGCUGAUGUUGAUGUGAAGAACCUUGACACAAUGGAGAGUGUGCCUAAAGAUGGGAAGACAAUGGGGGAGAUUGUGUUGAAGGGGAGUGGGAUCAUGAUGGGGUACUUCAAAGAUCAUGAGGCAACUUCAAAGGCUUUUGGGAAUGGCUGGUUUAGAACUGGGGAUGUUGGAGUGAUACACCCUGAUGGGUAUUUGGAGAUCAAAGAUAGGUCUAAGGAUGUGAUCAUUUCAGGAGGGGAGAAUAUUUCUAGUGUGGAAGUUGAGUCUGUUUUGUAUAGGCAUCCAUGGGUGUUGGAGGCUGCGGUGGUGGCAAUGCCACAUCCAAGGUGGGGGGAAAGCCCUUGUGCUUUUGUGUCACUCAAGAAAAACAACAACUCCUCAUCAAAAAAUGAGGUCACCGAGGCUGAGAUAAUUGGGUAUUGCAGAAAGAACUUGCCACACUUUAUGGUCCCUAAGGUGGUGAAGUUCAUGGAGAAGCUGCCACAGACUUCAACUGGGAAGAUUCAGAAGUUCGAAUUGAGGGUCAUGGCAAAGGCUUUUGUGGUUCCAGAGAAUGUGCAGAGCAAUAAGAAGAGUAGCCAAGUGGAUCAAAAUAACAUCGGUGGGUAUAAUAAUCAUGAUCAAAUUUUGGCUAUGUCUCGUCUUUGA